UGUGAGAUGGUUAGAAGAAAUGUCAAAGAAAUGUUGGGAGACUUGGCAAGUUGGGAAACUAGGCAAGUUGCAUCUGAUGAACAGUACUAUAAGGUCACAUCCUUGAAAGUCAACACUAAAUUCAAUAAAGUGUGCUUGCUCAGCGCCUGCCAGAGUCACCUGACACCAAAAAAGUAAGCAGGCGAGAAUUGCAGUACAUGAAAAAACAAAGCAUUGAGACACAACCAAUGGCUAAAUGACUUACUGAGCGAUAGGCUUGGUUUACAAAGACACAUGCAUUUUAGAAAAGUCUGUCGAAAAGUACUUUGACGCUUGUCUGCAGCCUUCUGUAAAGCAUGCUGGUUGGCAUGGGAAGAGAUUAGGAAUGCUGAAAUACACAUACAGGACCUUGACCAUUUGUUUUAUCUUCAAAAAUCCACCAACUUUGUUAAAAGUUUAAAGUUCAAACCAUUGAUGUCUAAGACAGCUGCCACACACCUUUGACUCCUUGUCAAAAAACUACACUUGCUCACCUCUGAGGAUGACUCCGCCCCAGUAUGACUUGUCGCACACCCUCCCGCCACACACGCUAACCCGGCUGGCACGGGAGUGGCUGGCGGAGGACACGCCAAACUUUGACCCGGCAGGGUUGUGUGUAGGGUCACAGGACGUUGAGGCCAGGCUGCUGUGUAAAACGCCAAGCAGCAUGAUGGCGGGCAGCCCUUUCUUCAACGCCCUCUUCACUGAGCUUGGCUGCACCGUGGAAUGGGCACAUAAAGAGGGAGCACAGCUGGGCCCAGAUGCGGUGACCCAGACGGCUGUGGUCAGAGGCCCGGCAAGAUGCAUCCUCCUCGGAGAAAGGCCAGCCCUCAACUGCCUGGCCCGGGCCUCGGGGAUAGCCACCCGCUGCCACCAGCUACAGAGCAUUGCCAAGAAAGAAGGCUGGCACGGCCAUGUGGCUGGCACGCGUAAAACCACGCCUGGCUUCCGGCUGGUGGAGAAGUAUGCCAUGCUAGUGGGUGGCGUGUCCAUGCACAGGCAGGACCUAAGCGGGAUGGUGAUGUUGAAGGACAACCACAUAUGGGCUUCAGGCAGCAUUACACAGGCAGUGAGGGACGCCCGCUCAGUGUGUGGUUUCAGCAGUAAGAUUGAGGUGGAGUGCGGGAGCAGGGAGGAGGGCAGUGAGGCAGCCCUGGCAGGGGCAGACAUCGUCAUGCUGGACAACUUCAGACCACAGGAGCUCCACGCUGCAGCCCAGCUUCUAAAGGAGGAGUUUCCGUCUGUGCUGAUCGAGGCCAGUGGAGGGGUGACCCCAGACUCCCUGCCCGAGUACCUCUCCCCCUAUGUGGACAUCAUCUCUUUGGGCUGUAUCACUCAGGGAUGCCCCGUGGUAGACUUCUCCCUUAAAGUUCAAAAGCCUGUUGCCUAUCCAAUCAUUUUCCAGUCACCGUAACUAUGGCAAUUCAAGAGGAAAACAAAGGCAAAAAGAUGCAGACACAUUUUCUAUGCCAGGCCUAGAGAUGAAGAGAAGACCCAGGAAUGAGAGAACUGCAUUCAGUAAUGACUGUUAUUUCUUCACUACUACUAAUUUAAUUUAGAAAUCACUGUUAAGAGAGACAUUAAUUAAGUUUUGUCUCACAUUGAUUUAUUUUAUGAGAUUUGGUUUAGAAUGCAAAAGUUCACUUAAUACACUGUUUGCAUAACAUUGAUGUUUAGCUGUACUGUAAACAUCCAAAACAUUCCAUAUCCCUGGGCACUUGAAACAACUGAUGUCUCACCAAUAAAAUCGAUUUUCUUUUAAAUAACUGAUCUGAGAAAAUGUAUCCAUGCAGACUCUAUCAAGAUCUUUGGUUGUCACUUGUGGAUUCUUCUUGUCAGCUCACCCCACUGUUUUGUGUGGGGGUUAUGGUCUGGAGCAAUGCUUAGGCUCAUUUUCCUGCUGGAGAUCACUUAGUUUAGCUCCGCCAAUAGGCAGACAGAUUUGGUUCUAAAAUAUCUGGGUAGUUGGUAGUCCAUGAUGACUGUGCAUUUAUGUAAACACAGCAUGGUGAACAGACACUAACAUAACCGGGAGUCACUGCUCAACCAAUCAGCAGUACCUGAUGAUUAAGUGCAGGCCUCUUAUUUGCCACAGGAGUUUAAUCUAUUGUUGUUACUGCAGUCUACAUACCACCGGAUGCUAAUGCUAAACUAGCAAUGGAAGAGCUGCAGGUUGCUAUUAGCAAGCAGCCAACUGCCCAGCCGGAUGGUGCCUUUAUUGUAGCAGGCGAUUUCAAUCACUGAUCUGAAAACUGUUUUUCCCAAAUUCCAUCAAACUGUCAAUACACAGGAUUAGGUGUAUACAAACAUUCCAGAGGCCUAUAAAGCCAUUCCCCUCCCCCACCUGGGUCAGUCUGACCCCCUCUCAUUGUUCCUGCUUUCCAAGUAUUUCCCACUCAUUAAACGGGUGAAACCAUCAGUGAGAUCAGACAACGUGUGGACCUUUUAGACAGACUCACUACUACAACACCAGUUUAAACACACAGACUGGAGUUUGUUUGCCACUCAAGCCACUCCCAUAUGGACAUUGAAACAUGCUUCCUCCAUUCUGGAUUACAUCAACACCUGCACCAACGAAGUCACCACCCAUAAACUAAUGAAGAUCUUCCCCACAGUGAGAUCCGACAACUGCUAAACGCUGCGUUCAGAUCCAGUAAUGCGGAGGCCUACUGCUC